AGCAAAGUGCUUUUUCUAGCAGCCGCAUGGCACAGCUGUACAAAGCCGUGCAUUAAAAUUCAUCUGCCCGCUCGGUGCCAACGAGGCGACCGCUUGCGUUCAGUUCCCUUCCCUUCGGACGAGGUUCCUGCUUUCCUAGCUGACAUCUCGCACCCCGCGGUUUGCAUAGUUUCAUCCCAGAUGCACGUCCCAGCAAUGAAGUUAUGUACGUGGGGCGUGCUUUAAUUUCGUUAUGCCUAGUGAUUUCAAGAGCCAGGCUUUAAAAUGGCGGCAUUCAUUAUACACCCAUGCUAAAGCCUCACCCAGCACUCUGUCUGUCUCGCUUAGUGCUGCUUCUGCUUUUUUCCAUAUGGCAUUCCGCAGCUGAGGAUCGCGUCUUCUGGGGUUGCUCAGUCAGCAUAUAAGCAUAAGGUUGCUGAAACGUGCCUUUUUUUCUGAAGCUAACGCUGCUUGGAUCUCUGUCUAGUGCUGCCUCUGUUUUUUUUUUUUCCCCUUUUUUUUUUUUUCUCUUUUUUUUUAUUUGCCGUCGCUUGCAGGCCAACCCAAAACGGCAACUGACCUUCGUAAUUACAAUUUCAGCACUCAAUCCUUGAAUACGGAAAUCAUCAAAUUUUCAUUAACAGUCACGGCUGUGCCCAACUGUAACAUUAUUUUAUUCAUCGUAACAAUAAAUAAAACGCCACAGAUUGUCUGAGGAACUGAAAUUCUGCCAAUUUCUGCUGAGUUUUACACAACCAUAAUUGGAACCAUUAAGCCAAGAGCACAGAAUUGUUGAAAAAGUCGGCUCAGUCUAACUCGAUCUGAUUUCAGAAGUGACAAAUAAAGCCAACGCAUUCAAACUUUGACAUUUUGCACUUUUCAAGAGCUGGUCUCUAAUUAGAUUUAUUUUUAUUUUCAAUUUAUCUGAUAAAACGUCUAUUUUAUGGUUGGAUGUUUGUGUCUCAUUCAUGUCUCGACAACAGAUACAAAUUGACUAAAAAAAAAGAAAAAUUAUAAAAAAAAAAAAAAAAAAACCUUAAGUGCUGAAUUUUUUUUUAACCAAAGCGAAAAGAAAAUAGUUUUUAUUCAUUUAAACUUGAACUCCACCUUUCCCCAUCCCCUUCUUUUAAGAAGAAAAAAACGAUUGUAGUCACCGAUAGGAGGUGUUCUCCUGUCUUUAAUAUGGCUGUUAACGUCUCCUUGGUGCGUGACACAAAAUGGCUGACGCUGGAAGUCUGUCGGGAAUUUCAGAGAGGCACUUGUUCAAGGUCUGAUGCAGAAUGCAAGUUUGCUCACCCAUCACGGAGUUGCCAUGUGGAAAAUGGACGAGUUAUCGCUUGCUUUGACUCGCUGAAGGGCCGGUGUACAAGAGAAAACUGUAAAUAUCUGCACCCUCCGCCGCACUUAAAAACACAGCUAGAAAUCAAUGGACGAAAUAACCUUAUACAGCAAAAGACAGCUGCUGCCAUGAUUGCACAGCAGAUGCAGUUCAUGCUCCCCGGUGCCCAGCUACAGCCAAUUCAUCCUUACAUGGUCUUGAUGAUGUCAGAGGGCCCAAGCAUAAGAGGAAAAGAAGUCUGCAGGGAUCGGUCUAGCAGCACAGAAGAGCCUGCAAAAUUGGGGGAUUGGACCACAUUCCCUGUGAAUCCAUCACUUGCAACAAGCCAAUCCAUGGCUUUUAGCCCAUACCUGAGUCAUGUCUCUCCAGGAAUGGGCCUGGUUCCCGCUGAGCUCUUACAAAAUACGCCUGUCCUGGUUUCGGGGAAUCCAUCGGUUACAGUUCCUGGUGGCUCUGCUGGUCAGAAACUGGUGCGCACAGACAAACUUGAGGUUUGCAGAGAAUUCCAGCGUGGGAAUUGUACCCGAGGAGAAAAUGACUGCCGCUAUGCGCACCCAAUAGAAAUGGCCAUGAUUGACACCAACGAGAACACUGUAACAGUUUGCAUGGAUUACAUCAAAGGCAGAUGCUCUAGGGAGAAAUGCAAGUACUUUCACCCCCCUGCACACCUGCAAGCCAAAAUAAAGGCAGCUCAGCACCAGGUGAACCAAACAGCCGCAGCUGCUAUGACUCAGCCAGCUGUUACAUCACUGAAGCGACCCCGCAAGGCCACCCUUGACCUGGCACUGCAGCCUGGAGCACUUCAACCUUUACCAAAGAGGCCAGCACUUGAAAAAAGCAAUGGGGCCACCACGAUGUUUAACCCCAGUGUUUUCCACUACCAACAGGCUCUAGCAAAUAUGCAGUUGCAGCAAACUGCGUUUAUCCCCACAGUAGACCAUGUUGAAAUUCUGAACAGCAGAAUUGUGGAAUACCAGAAUCUUUCCAUGGGAAGUUAUACAUGGCCUUUCUGUAAAUACCCAUUACUGGCGUCCUCCACCACCUCGACAGUAAGCCUGCUGCAGUCUACAUGUUAACCAAAAAGAAAAAAAAAUUACAUGGGAAUGUCUGAAAACCGCACUAUGAAAAAAAAAAAGAAACCAUUAAAAAAAAAAAGGCAACACUGCUUUAUGAAAGCAGAUACACACGUAGGAUAAUAUACUAGACUGUUGUAACACAUUUACUUUUAACACAUGUAACCAUUCAGCAUGUGCCGCGUUAGAUGAGUAUACAAUGCGGACACUCCUUUUACUGCAUAUUACUGAUGGAAUCACAAUUUAAAGUGUUAUCUUAACUGUUUUUUUUUCGUUUACAUCGUAGUCUAUUUCAUUUUAUGUGUGUACCAUUAUCCUAAGUAUACUGAAGACCAUCUUCUUCAUUGUGAUUUAUAACAUGCAUUGUUGUUUUUUAUGUUCUUAGUAUUAUGCCAAACAGAGACAAAGUGGUUCUGAAAAAAGGCUCAUCAGAUUUUUAUGAAAAGAGAUGUAUGAUAGUUUUAUGUCUGUGAAUCCAUUAUUAUGUUUUUGUUCCUCUUAAAUCAUCACUAUGGCCUUCAUGUAAUAAUGCAAAGAAGAAUGUACAAAGUGUAGUAACCGCAGCAACCACAAGACAUCUCUUCUGACUUCUCCAAGCUGAUUGGUGCCAAGGAUUGCUGCCUAUUAUUACUCUUUGCACUACUUUUAUAUAAGCCCCAUUGAUCUGUAAAUGGAAAUGAAUUCAAUGUAAUCUUCGUCAUAGUUCUGUACAAUGAAUUGCAGCACUUAUUUUACCAAAUUGUCAGGAAUGUAUAAAGACUAAUUGUAACAGCACUUCUAUGGAGAUAAAUUACAACCAGAAAUUGCUUGAUUUAGAAAUUUUAGAGCAAAACACAUCUGGUAUUUGCAGAGAACUACAAUACUGGUUUAGUAACAGGUCAUGUAAAAGUAUAAUAUCUGAAAACAUAUUCCUGUUCAAUGUGGCAGUGAAAAGGGCAGUGAUGGUGAUCUCUCCAUUGACCUAACAACCAAUAUGAAUUCUGAAUUGCUGCUGUCAUUGCUGUUUGAACUGCCAUAAUAAAUACUCCUGCAAAUCUCCUAUUAA